CGACCUUCUAAUCUAUCUACUCGAUCUUACCGACAAGAUUUCACGAGACUCUUCUUACCUUACUCUCUCCACGUUCCAUUGACCGGUCCUUCCUACAGCCUACACACGAACACGAAGCUCCAUCAUCUGCCCCACCAACGAUCGACAGCUUCACCAACAUAGCACAACACCGUCAAACAACCCAACACUUCAUCUCUUGAAGAAUACAGAAACCACACACCUCGCCUCUUUGCAGACUAUAUUGCUUCUCAAAAAGUUUUCUUUGGAGAACAGAUAAUUAAAAUAUAUUACCUUUCACCGACACAAAGAAAAUGGACGCCGCAUCCCAAGGCGACGCCGCCUGCACGCAGUCCGACUACGCGCGCGCCCUCAUCCACUACACCACCGCGCUCCUCACCUCCCCGCGCUCUCCAGCCUACUAUACCAAACGUGCGACCGCCUUCUCACGCCUCAAACCCGCCGACUCGCUCGCGGCGCUGCGCGAUGCCGAGAUCGCGGUCACCCUGGCCCGCGAGCGCGGCCGGCGGGAAUUGAUCCUCGCAGCGCAGAUGCGGCGCGCGGUGGCACUGUUCCAGCUCGGUCGCGUCGGGGAUGCCGGGUUCGUGUUUGGGUUGGUCGAUGCGAAGGUUAAUGGUGGUGGUGGUGGUGGGGUCGGUAAAGAGAAAGGCACGGAGGAGAAGGUGAUGAGUGCAAUGGCGGGGAUGAAUAAUAAUAAUAAUAAGUCGGCGGGGGCCGGCGCCGGGGCAGGGGGAUCGAAGAAUGGCUUCGAGACGGAGUUGCCCAUUUGGUUGGCUAAGGUUAGGGGCCGGUUGGAGAAAUUGCGGAAGGAGGGCUGUGUUGAUGAGGCGGUCGUUGGGGUUAAUGUUUUGGAGGUGCCGGAGGGGGUUCAGGUGCCUGGAGAGGGUGAGUUGAGGGCCCAGUUGGAGAGAUUGAAGGCGGGGCAGGGUUUGGGUGGUGGGAUGAGUGGUGAUGGUGGUGAUAAGGAGGAGGAGAAGAAAAGGCAGAACGAUGCGGGUGUUGGACAGACUGCUGCGAAGGCGUCUGCUGCUGUUCCUGCAGCGGCAACAACGACGACGACGACGACGGCCGCUGCUCCUGAGAAGGUCCGCCAUGAAUGGUAUCAAUCGCAAGACCAGGUCGUCGUGACGCUCUAUAUCAAGGGUGUCCCGAAGGACAAACUUGACGUGGAUCUCAAGAGUGACUCAGCCUCUUUGCAAUUCCCCCUCCCCUCGGGUGCUGCGUACGACUUCACCCUCGACCCGCUCUUCGCCCUGAUCGACCCUUCCACCUCCAAGGCGACCGUCAUGUCCACCAAGAUCGAACUUGUCCUCCGCAAGCAAACCCCCGGUCAAAAAUGGAGUGCUCUCGAGUCCACCUCGUCGACUAUCAAGCUCGCAGACCGCCAGGCCGCAACCACUCCUCUCUCAUCAUCCUCAUCCUCCGCCGCCGCCGCCGCCGCCGCCGCCGCCGCUGCUGCUAGCGGUCCUCCCUCCACUUCAUCUGGCCCGGCAUACCCAACCUCCUCCCGGCACGGCGCCAAAGACUGGGACAAGCUCGCCUCGAGUCUGACCGCCAAGAACCCCAAGAAGUCCAAGUCCACCGACGAGGAGGAGGACGACGAAGGCAAUGACUCCGACGACGGCAGCGGCGACCCCGUUGACUCGUUCUUCAAGAAGCUGUACGCCAACGCUGACCCGGACACCCGGCGCGCGAUGAUGAAGAGUUACGUGGAGAGCCAGGGCACCUCGCUAAGUACGAACUGGGACGAGGUCAGCCAGGGCCCGGUGAAGGUGCGGCCGCCCAGUGAGUGAGUCGAUUCCGCGCGCGGCCCUUUCCUACCUAGCUACCAUUGUGGCACAUGGUUCCGGGAGUUUCUGGGAUGUUUUGAGAUACAAAAUUGAGCUUCGGGGUUAUCAGCGGGUGUUCUAGGGAUAUGCGACUUAUAUCUUUUGUGAUUCAUGGGGGGAUUUGGGCUGUGUGUGGAGAGAGCUGGCGGUUGUCGAG